GGCAGGCACUCCCUGAGCUCACAGCAUCACCAUGUCUGUUCGGUACAGCUUGAAGCAGUACUCCUCCUCCCGCAGCGGAGGAGGAGGAGGAGGCGGCGGUGGGGCAUCAGCCCACAGGAUCUCCAGCAGCAAAGGAUCCCUGGGUGGAGGAUUCAGCAGUAGAUCUUUCAGCCGUGGGAGCUCUAGCGGAGGCUGCAUUGGGGGCUCCUCGGGCGGCUACGGAGGACUAGGAGGAGGUUUUGGUGGAAGCAGCUAUGGAGGAGGCAGCUAUGGAGGAGGCAGCUUUGGUGGAGCCUAUGCAGGUGGCAGCUGUGGCGGGGGCUUUGGAGGAGGCAGCUAUGGAGGAGGCGGCUUUGGGGGAGGCAGCUUUGGAGGAGGCAGCUAUGGAGGAGGCAGCUUUGGGGGUGGCAGCUUUGGUGGAGGUGGCUAUGGAGGAGGCUUCGGUGGUGGCUAUGGUGGCGAUGGUGGCCUUCUGUCUGGAAAUGAGAAAGUCACCAUGCAGAAUCUGAAUGACCGCCUGGCUUCCUACUUGGACAAAGUCCGGGCUCUGGAAGAGUCCAACUAUGAGCUGGAAAGUAAAAUCAAUGAGUGGUACAAAAAGCAUAGCAACAUAGGCGGGGGAGAGCCUCGUGACUACAGCACGUACUACAACGUCAUCGACGACCUGAAAAACAAGAUCCUCAAACAAACAACUGACAAUGCCAAUACCCUGCUCCAGAUUGACAAUGCCAGACUGGCAGCUGAUGACUUCAGGCUGAAGUAUGAGAAUGAGUUAGCCCUGCGCCAGAGUGUGGAGGCCGAUAUCAACGGGCUACGCAGGGUACUGGACGAACUGACCCUUGCCAAGUCUGACCUGGAGAUGCAGAUCGAGAGCCUGACUGAGGAGCUGCAGUACCUGAAGAAGAAUCAUGAAGAGGAAAUGAAAGACCUUCGAAAUGUGUCCACUGGUGAUGUGAAUGUGGAAAUGAAUGCUGCCCCAGGGGUGGACCUGACUGAACUACUGAAUAACAUGAGGAGCCAAUACGAGCAGCUGGCUGAACAAAACCGGAAGGAUGCUGAAGCCUGGUUCAAUGAAAAGAGCAAGGACCUGACUACAGAAAUCGAUACCAACAUUGAACAAAUGUCAAGCUACAAAUCUGAAAUUACUGAACUGAGACGCAACGUUCAGGGUCUGGAGAUCGAACUUCAGUCCCAGCUGGCCCUGAAACAAUCCCUGGAAGCCUCCUUGGCAGAAACAGAAGGCCGCUACUGCAUGCAGCUCUCACAGAUCCAGACCCAGAUCUCUGCCCUGGAAGAACAGCUGCAACAGAUCCGGGCUGAAACCGAGUGCCAGAACUCUGAAUACCAAGAACUCCUGGACAUCAAGAUCCGCCUGGAGAAUGAAAUUCAAACCUACCGUAGCCUGCUAGAAGGAGAGGGAAGCGGCCGAGGCGGUGGACGGGGAGGCGGAAGUUCCAGUGGCGGCCAUGGAGGAAGUUCCGGUGGCGGCUAUGGCGGAAGUUCCGGUGGUGGUUAUGGCGGCAGUUCCGGUGGCAGCCAUGGCGGAAGUUCCGGUGGCGGCCAUGGAGGCAGUUCUGGUGGCGGCUAUGGCGGUGGCCAAGGCGGCAGCUCUGGAGGAAGCCAUGGUGGUAGCUACGGUGGCGGCAGCUCUGGAGGCGGAGGCCAGAGCGGAAGUGGCGGCUUCAAGGGUCCCUCUUCCGGUUCUCCUGGUGAAUCAUCUAAGGGACCAAGGUCAGGGGACACUAGUGGGGUGACCAGAGGCACCAGAGUGAUCAAGACAAUUAUUGAAGAGGUGACCCCUGAUGGCAGAGUGCUUUCGUCGAUGGUUGAAUCAGAAACCAAGAAACACUACUACUGAGCUUUUCACAGACCAUUACAUACAGAGGCAGGAAAAGAGAAAUGUCCGAGACAACCCUGCCAUCUUCAUGCUCUAUGAAGACAGGUUCACCCCUUGGAAAUAAGCUGUCUAAAAGGUGUUUGAUGAUUUACUUAUUUCUUCUUUUUUCUUCUCCAGAAAGUGUUCCUUCUCGGAAAAAAAGGAAGUCUUUCUGUUCCCAUUCACUAAACUUUUCCCAUUCAAUAAACUUUUCUUACUGAUGCAAACUA